GGCCGGGCGGCGAUGGCGGCACGAACCGCGGUGCUGCUGCUGCUGGGGGCAGCGGCGGCGCCGGUCCCGGCCCGGGGAUCACAAGGGGACCGGGAACCGCUGUACCGCGAGUGCCUGAGCCGCUGCGAGCGCCAGAACUGCUCGGGAGCGGCGCUGCGGCACUUCCGGGCCCGGCAGCCGCUCUACAUGGGCCUGACAGGCUGGAGCUGCCGUGACGACUGUCAGUACGAGUGCAUGUGGGUGACCGUGCGGCUGUACCUGCAGGGGGGACACCGGGUGCCCCAGUUCCACGGCAAGUGGCCCUUCUCCCGGUUCCUCUUCUUCCAGGAGCCGGCGUCCGCCUUCGCCUCCUUCCUCAAUGGCCUCGUCAGCUUCCUCAUGCUGCUGCGUUACAGAGCCACCGUGCCCCCCACCUCCCCCAUGUACCCCACCUGCGUCGCCUUUGCCUGGGUCUCCUUAAACGCCUGGUUCUGGUCCACUGUGUUCCACACGAGGGACACGGCGCUGACAGAGAAAUUGGAUUAUUUCUGCGCCUCAGCCGUCAUCCUGCACUCCGUGUACCUGUGCUGUGUCAGGACAAUUGGGCUGCAGCGCCCAGCCUUAAUCAGCAUCUUCAGGGCCUUCCUCCUCCUCUUCCUCGCCUGCCACAUCUCCUACCUGACCCUCAUCCGCUUCGACUACAGCUACAACAUGGCAGCCAACGCGGCCAUGGGACUCCUCAACUUGGGGUGGUGGCUGCGCUGGUGCCUGCGGAGUCGCCUGCCCCACGCCUGGAAGUGUGCGGCCGUGGUGCUGCUGCUGCAGGCACUGGCACUGCUGGAGCUUUUGGACUUCCCUCCCCUCCUCUGGGUUCUGGAUGCCCACGCCCUCUGGCACCUCGGCACCGUCCCCCUCAAUGUCCUCUUCUACAGUUUCCUGAUGGAUGACAGCCUCUACCUCCUGAAGGCCAACUCCGACCUCUCCAAAGUGGACUAGAGCUGCUGGGGGGGGCACACACAGCCCCUCUCCCCACCC